AUGGAAUAGGUUAUCGAUUAUAGAUUGCUAUUGUCUAUCUUACAGAUGGUGGAUUUUUGGCAACGUAUCCAGUUAUUUAUGCAAAAAUAUCCUGAAAGAAAAUUUGGAGGUUUGAUGUUUGGUUUUAUGUUCUACUUUGUUGAUGUAUCAAAUACGAUUGGAUAUUUAUUAAAUGCAUUUGCAAAAAAGUAAAUAAAAUUGAAAGAAGUAUUUUGGAUUUAUUUUGCUUUGAAUGUUAUUGCAAUUGUUUUGGGUUUGAUUCAUAAGAAAGUUGGAUAUGAUUAGAGAUAUUAAUUAGUUAUUGAUGCAGAGAAAGAGAAGGAAAAAGAAUUAUAUAAUUGGCUGCAUUUUAAUAUUGAAUUAGUAUUAUUUUGGUUUCUUUUUAUUUGA